UGAUCCAGCUUCAGGGAUUGGAUGGUCACCCGUUCCAAUCAUGGUUUUGUCCUAGCUCGUGUCCCUCCUAGGCCAUUUAUUAAAUGCUCAUAGUAAAUCACUAAUUGUAAAUCAUCUCUACUUGGGAUUUUCUGAAGGUUGCUGUAAAUCACCAAUCCAAGAGAAGUCAACUAUAGUUCUGCAACUUAAUUCUCGAUAUAAACAGAGAAGAGGGACGGACGGACGGACGGACAAAUAGCAGUAUCAGACAUGGCAACCUUAGAAGAGAAGCAAGUAAUGGUUGUUGGGAUUGAUGAUAGCCAGCACAGUACAUACGCUUUAGAGUGGACAUUUGAUCACUUCUUCACUCCCCCUCUGGCUUCCAAUUCACCUUUCAAGGUCGUUGUUGUCCAUGCCCAAACUCCCGCUACCUCCGUCGUCGCCAGUCUUGCUGAACCUGGGAUUGCUGAAGUUUCGCCACAAGUGAAAUCGGACUUGAAGAAGAUAGCUGCAAGAGACAUCGAAAAGGCUAAGGAAAUUUGCAUCAGUAAAUCGGUGAGUGAUGUGAUCUUUGAAGUGGUGGAAGGUGAUCCUAGAAAUGUUCUUUGCGAGGCUGUAGAGAAGCACCAUGCUUCAGUGCUCGUUGUAGGAAGUCAUGGUUAUGGAGCUAUUAAAAGGGCAGUUUUAGGUAGCGUGAGUGACUAUUGCGUUCAUAAUGCUCGCUGCACUGUGAUGAUAGUGAAGAGGCCUAAGAUGCCUUGACUGCUUUCUGAGUUGACAAUAUUAUUGAAAAACAUGUAAUAUAUUCCUGUCGUCAAAAAAACAUGAUGGAAUCUACAGUCAGUUCCAGAUCCGAGCAAUUCUCAUGCUGCAUAGAAUUGUGAUAGGAGUAUUUUGUGUACACUAGUGCUAGAACUUGCUAUGUAUCCAUGUUUACUUGUAGAAAGAAAACCCGCACCACCAUCUUCAAGUUCAAUUGAUAAUUGAUUCUUGGAUUGAUUACAACAUCUA